GCCAUUAUAAUAUUAACAAUUUUGCCUCACUGACGUCGUCUCAAGCUGCCCUUUUCUACGCCUCUACUUUUGACUUGCCAUCCUCUCUCCCCCAAAAUUUGUUACCUUAGACGACGGGGAGAUCAGUACGCUAGGCGGAAGAUCGAGCCCACGAGCUGGAAUUUCUCGGAGGAUUGGCCAGCAUUUCUAACUAUCUCGGGAGAUGAGCUGCUUCCCGUGCUCAGGAUCGUCGGGGAAGGCCGGGGAGGAGCCGGCGGCCCUCUCGCCGUCGCCGCGGCCCUCGGCGAAGGCGCCACCUGAUCGAACUAAUUCUCGUAGUUCCGUAUCCAAGAAGGAAGUUUCUGUUCGCAGAGAUGGAAGCAUUGCACAUGGUCCAGCAAAGAUUUUUACUUUCCGAGAGCUAGCUGUUGCUACCAAGAAUUUCAGAAAAGACUGUUUGUUGGGUGAAGGUGGUUUUGGUCGCGUCUAUAAAGGACACAUGGAGAAUGGACAGGUCAUUGCAGUGAAGCAACUCGAUAGAAAUGGUUUUCAAGGAAAUCGUGAAUUUCUUGUGGAGGUUCUCAUGCUAAGCCUUUUGCACCAUCCCAACCUUGUGAGAUUAAUUGGAUAUUGCGCAGAUGGUGAUCAGCGCCUCCUAGUUUAUGAGUAUAUGUUACUGGGAUCCCUAGAAAACCAUCUACAUGACCGCCCACCAGACAAGGAGCCCCUUGAUUGGAAUUCAAGGAUGAAGAUUGCUGUCGGUGCAGCAAAGGGUUUAGAGUACCUACAUGAUAAGGCAAAUCCACCUGUCAUAUAUAGAGAUUUCAAACCAUCAAAUAUUCUUCUGAGUGAAGAUUAUUACCCCAAGCUGUCUGACUUUGGGCUUGCUAAACUUGGUCCAGUUGGUGACAAAACCCACGUCUCAACAAGAGUUAUGGGAACAUAUGGCUAUUGCGCUCCUGAAUAUGCCAUGACAGGACAGUUGACAGUAAAGUCUGAUGUUUACAGUUUUGGUGUUGUCUUUCUUGAACUCGUUACAGGUCGGAGAGCCAUUGAUCACACCCAGCCUGAUGGGGAGACAAAUCUUGUCGCAUGGGCUCGCCCAAUGUUCAGAGACCGGCGAAAAUUCUGCCAGAUGGCCGACCCAUUGCUGAAGGGCCGCUAUCCCAAGAGGGGUUUGUAUCAGUCUCUGGCUAUUGCAGCAAUGUGUUUGCAGGAAAAGGCAGCAUCCCGACCACUCAUAGGGGAUGUUGUCACUGCACUCUCUUAUCUAGCUUCGCAACAAUAUGAUCCAAAAAGCUGCAGGACUUGUCCAUCUACCCCAAGGGCGAAAGCACACCGACGAACAACGAGUGUUCCCGACGCUCAACAUGCAGCUGACUCAGUUAACUGGAACGUCGUAGACUUGGGAAGAAAGGAGACUAUUAGAAGUGGGGAACAUGAACAGGAUUACAGUGAAGGUUGCGGCAGUGGCAGUAGCUCUGGAAGGAAUGAUGGCUUAGAUGUGCCAGAACUGCUUUCUUGGCAUAAUGGGAAAUCUUAUGGUGAAGCUGAUAGCGAUCGCAAGUCCGCUGUCAUAGUUGAUGCACACGAGAAACCAAGAGCAGACUCUGGCAAAUAUCACAGGCAGUUCUGAUGGCAUAUACAAGGAGUGUUGCAGUCAAUUUUGCCAGUCUUCUCCACAUCUGCUGUUGUUGAGGGUUGAGUAAUUUUCUGUGGCUACAGACCAGGCAACCAGCCCUCUUCUCUCGCCUAGGCUCGUGUUUCCCCAUUCUAAAUGACCAUACAUUGAACUCCGUGGUUUUUUCGGUUUCGAGGGAGCACUUACAAUUUCACCGUAUCACGAAAAGAAGGCUGAAGUUCUCCGCAUUACAAAAGGAAGGUGCUGAUCAACUGUUGUGAAUCAGGCUCUCAGGAUUACUAUUUCGAUCAGUAGCAGCGGCACUCUCGACAUGUCAAAGACUACCCCUUUGUAAUUAGUCCAUGCAUGUAUUUAUUGUUCAGGAUGACUUUUUGUUUGGUUCUUGUUACUGUUAUAUAUGUUUGCGCAUCAAAAGGACUUGUCUUGUAAGUAGACCUAUUUUUAGAGGAUUUAUUUUUUGUCCAUACCUUGUAUAAGAGUGUAAGGGAAUGAUUUGUAGAGGAUAUAACACAAUCAGGCAUGAUGCUGUACAGACUAUAAAGUAUAAAUAACAUACAAAGUUUUUUUGGACUGUAAA